GGGGCGCCGGCGGCCGUUCCCCGGGGCGCCGCGGCGGCGCUGGUGGCGGCGGCAGCAGCAGCAGCAGCGGCGGCGGCAGCGCUGGUGGCCGGGCCGCGGCGAGGGCGAGGGCGCGGGCCGCGCCGCCAUGGGCCUGGCCGGGCUGCAGGCAGGAAGAUGUCCAAGCCCCGCGCGGUGGAGGCGGCGGCGGCGGCGGCGGCGGUGGCAGCGACGGCCCCGGGCCCGGCGAUGGCGGAGCGGAGGGGCCCGGGGAGGCCCCGCACCGACGGGGAGAAUGUAUUUGCCGGGCAGUCAAAGAUCUAUUCCUACAUGAGCUCGAACAAAUGCUCCGGAAUGCGCUCCCCGCUCCAGGAAGAGAACUCAGUUGCACAUCACGAAGUCAGAUGCCAGGGGAAGCCAUUAACCGGGAGCUACAAGAAACGAGAAGAGAAGAGGAACUCGGCCACGGGGCCCCGGGGCGCCAUGAAGGCCGAGGAACAGAAGCUCAGAGACUCCAGGAGGGGCCCCCUGGCCCCUUUUCCAAACCAAAAACCGGAAGCAGCAGAAUCUCCGACCUCACCUUGUGAACCCUCCAACGCAGCUGUCACCAAGCAAGGCCUGAAGAAGCCCGUGAAGGGCAAGCAGGCCCCGAGGAAGAAAGCUCAAGGGAAAACGCCGCAGAACCGCAAACUCACGGACUUCUACCCUGUGCGGAGGAGCUCCCGGAAGAGCAAGGCCGAGCUCCAGUCCGAGGAACGAAGGAGAAUAGAUGAGCUGAUUGAAAGCGGGAAGGAAGAAGGAAUGAAGAUUGACCUCAUCGAUGGCAAGGGCAGGGGGGUGAUUGCCACCAAGCAGUUCUCUCGGGGCGAGUUCGUGGUGGAGUACCACGGGGACCUCAUCGAGAUCACCGACGCCAAGAAGCGGGAGGCGCUGUACGCGCAGGACCCCUCCACGGGCUGCUACAUGUAUUAUUUCCAGUACCUAAGCAAGACCUACUGCGUCGACGCCACCCGGGAGACCGACCGCCUGGGGAGGCUCAUUAACCACAGCAAGUGCGGGAACUGCCAGACAAAGCUGCACGACAUCGCGGGCGUGCCUCACCUAAUCCUCAUCGCCUCCCGCGACAUCGAGGCCGGGGAGGAGCUGCUUUACGACUACGGGGACCGCAGCCGCGCGUCCCUUGAGGCGCACCCCUGGCUGAAGCACUGACCGCCGUGGACAAGUGCCCUCAAAGGGAAUCAGAUUUUUUUUUUUUACACACUUAAUCUUAGCAGAUUCAGAUGUUUUUAAAAAGUAUAUUAAGAUGCCUUUUCACUGUAGUAUUUAAAUAUCUGUUACAGGUUUCCGAGGUGGACUGGAACAGAUGGCCUUAUAUCACCAAAACUUUUAUAUCCUAGUUGUUUUUGUAUCUUUUUUGCAUACAAGUUGAAAGUUUGUGCUUCCCGUGCAUGCAGUCCAAGACUCGGCACAGGUUUUCAGGGGCGAGCAUCUGGUCCGAGCUGGGCAGGGGCCCCCCACCCCCAAGCCUGGACGGGAUGCUUUCAAGCUCUUGUUCCCCUCACGUCUCGCCAGGUGCACCGUGAACGCGUGAGUCUCACAGGUGUGCAGCCCACAGUCUUCCCCCUGCUCUCUCGACAGCUUGCUGACCCGGGCCAGGCCAGGGCCGGCCCGCAGCCCCUCUUCCGUGGCCUCCCCGGGUACCCCAAGCUUCAGGGCAGGGAAUCACAGGGACGGGCCAGGGGUUCCCGAAACUGGGAAACAGUUCUUUAUAGAAAUGUGAACACUGAGUUUAUUUUAGAAAAAUAAUAAAAAUCCAAAAAAAAAAGGUAAAAAAGGAAAAACCCACAGAAAGCGACUUGUGUGUAUAUAGGACUUGGAGCGAGUGAAGCGGCUGCGGUGUUUCGUUUGUUUUGUUUUGGCUUUUUUGUGUUUUUCCUUUUUGUAGGAGAGAUUUGGAUGGUACUCUGUUCUAAUCAAAAAUAAAGUUUUGUAGUGGGACCAGAAAUUACUUACCCGCUCCGCCUGUCCCCGCUCCGCUGGGUUGGUUGAAGGUCGCCGACCGCGGGUCUGGGCUGUACCCACCCACCUGCUGUCUCUUUGCCCGGAGGCGCCAUGCACUCGGGGGCACCGCCCCAGCCUCCAGGAAAGGCCCGGCAGACGGGGUGGUCGGGGGCUCGGACACAGACCAAGGUGCAGUUCUCUCUUGCACUGUGACCCUCCUGCCACCGCCCAUCCCGGGCCUCCUGGGCCCUGCGCCCGGGCCAGCAUGAACAGUCCGGCCUGGGCGCCCUCCUCAGCCUGGUGCCCCCAGCCCGCCCGCCUCGCCACGGUGCUAAGGUCUUCCCUACCCACACUUGCCUGGUCAGCGAAUCGCAGGGGCCCUGACAGGGUGUGUCAGCGAGAGACGGACCGUAGGGCUGUGCCUGUUUGUGGUUCAGCUUUGUAUUUAAGAAAGCGAAGUAAACUUGAAAAUUAUUUGUCAUCAUAAAAAUGAAAUUAAAAUAUUUAUUGCCAGGC